AUGGUACAGAAACACGAACAAAAACCAGGGUGUCGAAGCUAUGAGUGGUACCACGCGUUGAUUUGUAUAUGUGCGUGCGCGUUUGCCGUUUGCCGUUUGCUUCUCGUACUCGUCACAGGCUUUGUUGAAGUUGUGAGCUUACCGUCUUGUUUGGACAGAAAGAGAACACAAGUGAGAAACCGAGAGACCUUGUUGGGUUUAUUAAGGAAUAUUAAUUUCCUGACCUUUGGCUACUCGCGCGGUUUGCUUCUCGGCACGGAUGUCCCGAACGAGGCAGGUGACCAGGAGCGGGCUAGAGAAAAGUCCGAUGACGUAAUCUUGAAGGGACGCACGGCUGUGGGAAAGUGGUCAGGUGAUUAUCACGUGGUAAUGUGGGGUGGAAGGAUGGGUGGGUGGAAGGAUAGAAGGAAGACAGGACGGAAGCCACCCUGGCUUGAAGCUGGAGAUUGA